GAAUUUCGAAAAUUCUCGCAAUUUGUAAACACGAGAAUUUAAAAAAUCUUUAUUAAACAAUAAUAUCACUUGAAUUCAGCUUGAAUCACUUAAACCAAUUAAAUAAAAAUGAGCUUUGUUACAAAUUUUUUGCAAGUGACAAGAAGGCAAAUCUCAACAACAUCAUUUUUAAGUGGAAAAAAGAAUUUUAGGAAAUUUUUGCUUUAUAACAAACGAGGAACCAGAAUUUUCAAGAAAUAUCGUCACAUAAGUAAUCCAGAUAUUCCUAUAGAUUUGAGAGGUUUACGAGAAACUGGUAUAAGAAUCAAUGGCGAAUAUAAGGAAAUACCGGAAAUGAUUCCUGAACUUAUUGUUCCUGACUUGACUGAUUGCAAAUUCAAACCUUAUGUGUCAUACAAGACUCUAGAUGUUGUUCAAUCAGAAUUCACCAGUCAAGACUUAUUCAAUGCUAUUUAUGCAGGAAAAAUCCUCAACGAUUUCAAGAAUGAUAAUUUAAACGAGGACGGCACUAGUAAAGAACCAAGUGAAGAAGAGCAACUGACAGCAGAUGAAGCUUAUUUACGUGCACGUAAAACAGGCUCAGAUAUAUUUUAAAUGGAAUUUCUUUAGUUGUACUAAUGUUAAUUUGUAAUUAGUAUUCAUAGUGAAGAAUAAAAACUGCUUUACCGGCUUCUUUGAUAUUUGCAAUUGAUGGCGGGGGUGGUGAAGUAUCAAA